ACCAUGGCCACUGUUCCGUCUGCAAGUCAGUGGGGAUCCCCUAUUGCAAGCAAGAGAGCACUCCUUAUACAUGGUGGAAAUUCGUCCUCGCACACGUUCCACCGUGUUGCAUCGAUGCUUGCGGCCAAAGGAUACUUGGUCGUUGCUCCCAAUCUUCUUGGACAUGCUCUCAGGAUGCCUGGAGUCGACUUUCGAGUCCAGACAUUGGCUGACGACCUCUUGCCUUAUCUUCAGGCUGCUGAGUAUGACAUAGUCAUCGGCCACUCAAUAGGCGGACUCGUAGUAUUAUCGCUUCUCAAGUAUCUGCCGAGAACCAGGCCUGUCUCAGUAGUUCUCAUCGAUACAUCUGUGGAGUUAAGUGCGGAUCAGAUGGCAGUAGUUCGGAGAGCCAAGGUACCUAACGAUGGACGAAUCAAACCUAACCCCACAGUAGAAGAUUAUAUGGCAUCGAAUCCUCUAUGGACAAGAGAGGAUGCCAUUUGGAGAUCGUUGGGGAUCCAGAUCGGUAGAGCAACCAACUACGAUGAUCACAUGGAUGGUAACAUGCCAUGGUCGUUCUCGCAUUUGUUCGCAGACAGGCCUGCUGCUGCCACAUUGACGAUUCUGAUCGCAGAUCCGCAAUCUCAGGCUAAUGGUGCGUCGAAGCUGGAGGCUGUCGCAAAAUUCAAGGAGGUCAGAGCAGUGAUUGUUCCGAAUGUCUCGCACUGGAUACAUUAUGAAUUCCCGGAAGUGAUCGUUGAAGAGGCGCUAAGGAAUAUCGCCGAAGAGCAAGGCGAUGGCCCGUAAGAACGUUUACCUUCCCGGAAUAUCGUGCCAUUCCAUUCCCCGGCUCCCACGUCAGCGGAAGAAGAUCCAUAUGUUUAUGUCAUUUUCGCUACCAGCUCUUGCAACCUUAAUUUUAUCGUAAUGGCGGUCCCGCGCCGCUGCAAAGUGGUGCUGGCAUGAUUGAAUUUGGCAAUUAAACCUAGAUGCACUUACGAACAACAAUGUCUGGUAUAUAUAAAAUAAAAUAAAAUAAAAUAAACGCA